AUGAGCCAACAAGAACAGUAAGCAUCGAAGUAGCCAGAUAACAUUUUGCAAUCCAACGAAAUGCACAACUCCAUGCAACAGGAGAGUUCAAACUAAAUCUACACCUAUAAGGCUCCUUGGUUGAUUUAUGCCAUGGGAUUUUAAUCGAAACCUAGUCCUUAAUCUCGAAUCGCCAUUUGCAGUAUGAUUGAAGACAUUUAGAAUGAAGUGUUCAUACUACAGCUGGACAAAGAACAAGAAACAUUUUGCAAAAAAGCUAAAUUCAAUCAUAGAUACGCUCCAACCAAAGUCUUAUGGAUCCCUGAUGCCGAGGGUAAGUAUCCUGAUUUACUGGCAACAAGUGGGGAAAAUCUAAGGAUUUGGGAAUAUGAUGAUGUAAAUUGUCAAGUCAAGAUUAAGGGGGACUUAAAAAAUACAAGUGAUUUCAAUGCUCCUUUAACAUCUUUCGAUUGGAGCUGCAAAUAUCAAAAUUAUAUUGGAACUGCCUCAAUAGAUACAACAUGCACACUUUGGGAUAUUGACAAAUAGACUGUAGUUACUUAACUUAUUGCUCAUGAUAAGGAAGUCUAUGACAUAUGUUUUAGUGUUGAUCAUUAAAUUUUUGCAUCUGUGGGGGCAGACGGUAGUUGUAGACAAUUUGAUCUAAGAGCCUUAGAUCAUUCAACAGUACUGUUUGAGACAGAGAACAAUAAUCCUAUUGUAAGAUUAGCCUGGAAUAAGAUGGAUACAAAUUAUCUGGCAAUCAUAGAGAUGGAUGUCAACUAUGUUACGUUGCUGGAUACAAGGUAACCACUUCUACCUCUGGCUAAAUUAAGAAAUCAUAAAGAUUAUGUGAAUGCAAUAGCGUGGGCACCAGAAUCCACAACUCAUUUAUGCAGUGUAGCCGAUGAUUAAUCAGCUUUGAUUUGGGAUUUCACAUAACUACAUAGUAAAUAGAAUGAUUAAAACUCUAUUGAUCCGCUACUUGAAUAUAAGGCAGAAAAUGAGAUUAGUAAUUUAUCAUGGUCUACAAAUAAAAUUGAUUAAGUGAGUAUUUGCUAUAAUAAAUCAUGUUAAAUAUUGAAUGUUUGAAAUUUAAUGCAAUUAAAAUUUAAUAUAAUUUUGUU